UCACUUGCUAGUCCUUUUCAUUGAAUUUAAUUCAUCUCUAAUACUGAAUUUAAUUAACAAUCAGUAAUCAAGGAUCUGAUUCCACCUUUUUGAUUGUUUAGACAAAUUGUUCUUUUUUUCUUCAAUUGUUUUCAUUCCGUUAAUCAUCAUCAUCUUGAUCAUAUUUCUUUUCUUUUCCUUCUUCUUCUCCUCCUCAUCCUCAUCCCCAUCAUCCUUAUCCUUCUCAACCUUUAUAUCCUUUUUGUUUCUCUGGUGUUUUUUUAAUGAAUUUCGGUUUUCUGCUUAAUCCAUCGCAACACCGACAAUUUAAUCUUUACCAUCAUCUUCAGGUUAACAGGUAACCGGCAGUCUACACUGUCCACAUCUAAUUUUUCUUUGGAGUUUAUUAGUGAUCAAUGAGAUUAUCCAGAGAGAUAAAUAUUAUUCUGGAAUAUAUACUCUGAAUGAUCUCUAUGAAAUUCGUACCAACAGUAUACCUGUACCCGCUUUAAAGCUCAUAUUGUUAACAAAGUGUUCACUCAUUCUUGGAAAUAUACUCUCAUUAUUGGACAGCAACACUUUGUCCUUCCAGAUCGGAGUAUUUAAAAAAAAAUACUUCUUGUUUUCCGUUUUCCAUUUAUUGAGAAACACAAAGCUUUAAGAGUGAUAUCAUUAGUUAAAUUACCUUCAAAUUAAUUUAUUGUGAACAUUACAAAAGAAGCUAAAAGAAAACAAAUAAGUCUAUUAUCCUAAAAGGACCCGUGAAUUUUUGGACUAAACAAAUUUAAUUUAUUAAUUAUCGAUUAUUUUUUUUCACAUUUACCUACACGGACAUAGAAGUUAUUAAAAUGGCAACUACAGUUGUUGAUCCAAAUAAACCACUCGAUGGCCCCUCUGUAACCCUUACCAUACGUUUAAUAAUGCAAGGUAAGGAAGUUGGCAGUAUAAUUGGUAAAAAAGGUGAUAAUAUAAAAAAAUUUCGUGAGGAAAGUGGUGCCAAAAUCAACAUAUCAGAUGGUUCCUGUCCAGAAAGAAUUGUAACUGUAACCGGAUCUACUGAGAGCAUCCUAAAGGCUUUCUCUUUGAUUGGUAGAAAAUUUGAAGAGAUGCAUGAACCCUGGAAAGAUGGUCAAAGUGGAACAAAUUCUGUUACCCUUCGUUUAAUAGUUCCAGCCUGUCAAUGUGGAUCUUUAAUUGGUAAAGGAGGUUCAAAGAUAAAAGAGAUCAGAGAAAUAACUGGAGCUAGUAUUCAAGUAGCUAGUGAAAUGUUACCCAAUUCAACAGAGAGGACAGUUACCAUCUCUGGAAGUUCUGACUCAAUAACCAAAUGUAUCUAUCAAAUUUGCUGUGUUUUGAUGGAAUCACCGGCUAAAGGUGCAACAAUACCUUAUCGACCUAAACCAGCCAUGGCACAGCUUUUCUUUGCUGGUGGUCAAGCAUACACUCUACAAGGUCAAUACACAAUGCCUCAUCCAGAUCUGACUGAAUUACAACAUGAUGCACUUCAACAGCAUCCACUUAUAUCAGGUCAUAAUGUCGGUGCUGUGAAUCCACAAGCGCUCGCUACUCUAACCGCAACAAGUUCAAUUCGACCUGUAACUGCAACCACCGAAAUGGCGAUACCAAAUCAUCUAAUUGGCUGUAUAAUUGGUAAAGGAGGGGCGAAAAUCAAUGAGAUUAGACAGCUUUCCGGAGCUUCAAUUAAAAUAUCUAAUACAGAAGAAGGUUCCAAAGAAAGAACUGUUAGCAUAACCGGUACACCUGAAUCAAUCAAUUUGGCCCAAUACCUCAUUAAUUCCAGCAUGGAACUGCAUCAAAACCUGACCCUAGAUCCAUCCUCUAAUCCUACGAUGAACCCACAAUCAACCGCAGCUUCAACCCUCACCACCAAUCCAAUGGCAUAUCCCCUAACGCAACUGGUGGGACCGUCUCCACUGGCUUUGGCUGUUACCCCAAAUGCUGCAAACCUUUAUGACCUCAACAACUUCUCAAGUCAAACAUCUCGUAUGAAACCUAUGAAAUUAAAAGCUGGAACUCAAGGGAUGACAACUACACCCGGUAUUGAGACCAAAGCUGAUCGAAAAUUCGCUCCCUAUUAAGCCCAAAAACACACACAUACACACACACAGAAACACCAUAUUAUUCACUCCUUAUAAUGAUAACCUUUUUUUCUCUCUAUCUAUCUAUUCGACUCUUUCGAGAUUCAAGCUGAAAAUUCCGAGUGAUUUAUGUGAAUAAUGAUGAGAUUGCGAGUGCGGGUAAGAGUGUGUGCGAGAAUCCAGAAAUCAGAAAGACAAAUUUAACUAAUGUAACAGUAGCAUAAAACUAAAUGAAUAUUUACAAAUGCGCUUUUGUAUUGAGAACGAAAAAAAACAUGCUAAAUGAUUUACCACCCAA